AUACUUUCCUUCCCAAAAUCACGAUUUUCCCUGAAAACUGUCCUCGACAACAGACAUUAAAUUUCAAAAAGUUAUUUAACUCGAAGUUUAAAAAUGUAAAUUGCAAUUUAAUUCUCAAGGGAAAGUCACGACUUAGUUCCUUUAAUAUUUUUCUGAUUCCAUAAAUUGGUCAGUUAAGCUUUGGAUGUUUGAGGCUUUAGUUGGAACUUUUAAGACAGUAAAGAAUAAAGAAUAAAGUCAGUAAAUAUUAAGAUUGAGGACGUGUUGAAUUUUAAGCAAUGUUCCCAUCGAAAAAGCACCCGCCAAUGUCUGGCUUUAGAUUCAGAAGUGUCGCUAAAAUUACUGUAGUCAUGGGACUCAUUUUCGUCAUGUUCUUAGCUGUCAAAAACACAUUUAAGGAGCAAGAACUUCAGCAAGAGAACUUCUUCCUGAAAGACAAACUUCAAGACUUCAUUCAAGGUGGAUUUGACAAGCUUAAAGUCAUCCAAGAUGGAAUCUACAACGCUGAUGGGUGGAAUAACUUUAACGGCAACAAUGAGACAGAAAAUGCACAGCCAGAUCCUGAAGAUUUCGAAAUGAUGAAUGAAAAUGGCAUCGCUGAAGCCAACGCGGAAGUUCAAGAUGAACAGCCACAAAUUGACGAGCCAGAAUACGUCCUCGAUGAUGGAAUUACUGACGAAGCUCAACGUUACAUAACAGAACUUAACCUCACAAAUCCAGGUCAUCUUGGUGCUCCAGUCAUCCUUCCACUCAACGUGUCGAAAGAAAUUCAGCAAAAAAUUGAUGACGGCUACAAAACUUACGGCUUUAAUGCCUUCGUGUCCUCACUAGUCAGCCUUAAUCGAGAAAUUCCUGAUAAGCGAAGUGAAUAUUGUAAAACGAAAGUUUACAGAACUGACUUGCCAAAAGCUUCCGUUGUCAUUCCUAUACACGACGACGAUUGGAGUCUUUUAUUGAGGACAAUCCACUCGAUUAUUCGGUACUCAAAUAUGAGCCUUAUUGAGGAAAUUCUUAUAUCUGAUGACUAUUCAACUAGAGAGCAUUUAAAGCAGCAACUUGAUGAUUAUGUCAAGAAACUUCCAAAAGUAAGGAUCAUCAGAUCUGAACGAAGACUUGGAAUUGUUGCGAAUCGUGUGCUUGGUGCUAGAAAUGCAGUCGGUCCUGUUAUAAUAUUUGUCGAUUCUCACGUGGAAUGUACGCCUGGAUGGCUUGAACCAAUUCUAGAUCAACUUAGAGACAAUCCAAAAUUAGUGAUUUGGUCUAAAAUUUCAGGACUUGGUGAGAAAGAUUUGAGAUUAUCAGUUGAUGACGGAGUUGGUGGGAUCGGAGCUUUCGACUGGGCAAUGAACUUUAAGUGGAUAGACGUCAAAUGGUACGAAGGUGACCAUCCGACUGAAAAAUACGCACCUAAAGCAUCACCAACUUUUAUGGGACCGACUUAUGCUCUAUGGAAGGACUUCUUUGAAGAAAUUGGAUAUUUUGAUGUCGACAUGGACAUUUGGGGUGGUGAGGAUGUUGAGCUAGGAUUCCGUGCCUGGAUGUGUGGUGGACGUGUUGAAAUGAUUCCUUGCUCGAUGAUCUGUCACAUGUUCCGUGCUCAUACAUACACAACACAUUCAAAGGACAAAGGUGGAUAUAGAUGGAAUACAGACAGGAUUGCUGAAGUUUGGCUGCAGGACUAUAUUAAGUAUUACUAUAGACUAGUUGGAGACACUAAAGAUAGAAAGUUUGGUGACAUUUCUGAGAGAAUGGAGAUUAGGAACAAGUGUCAAAGCUUCCAAUGGUAUUUAGAUAAUGUCUAUCCAAUGUAUGAAGUUCCUAUUGAGAUUAGGGACACAACAACUUCGACGACCAAGAAGGCAGACACUAUAGUGGAUACGAAGGAAAAUGAUGAGGAAGAGGAUGAAAUAGACACAAAAGUUGAGGACGAAGACAAUGAAGCUGAAGACGAUGCUAAGGAUAAAGACACCAAGAGCAACGAUGAACUGAAAAAAGAAGUGGAAAAAAUUAAAAAGGAAGUCGAAGAUAAAUUACAAAAAAUUAAAUCUAAAAAUUAA